GUUAAUCAUGGAGUUAGUUACUGAUAUAAAAUAGCAAGCGAUGGGAUUAAGUGAUGUAAUACAAUUUUCAGUUACAAAUUCAUUGUUGUCUGUUUUUUGUCUUGGAUUCUUGUUCCAGAUUUUUGAUUCUUGAAGUCUAUGAGGGUCAACGAGAAAAGGAGAGUAACUUAGCCAUUAGUCCAUUAACACCAUCCUACAUUGAUCAACUUUACCAGGCAUAAGUACUUCAUAAGAAAUCGGGUUGGCUUUCGGGUCAAAGCCAUAACCAGAGAGCUUGCUAGUGUAAAGACACUGGAAGUGGAAGGCUGGCAAUCGGGACCCUUGUUCGUCAAAUAUUUUCAGCUCCAUUUCCAGAAAAGCCACGCUAAAAGUUUGUAGUUCCCAAAUGUGUUUUAAUGGAAUCCUGUCAUUGGGUUCUUGUAAACUCAGGCACUGGUGAAACAGAAAAAGAAAUAAAAGAUGAAGAGGCCUUCAGCAUAUGGUGAUCCCAAUGUGAACCCAUAUGCUACAUCUGAAAUGCAGCACAUGUCUGCUCAGAGAAUAGUGCAACACAAUGCUGCAAUGAACAAUUUUCCUGUUGAGAAAGAUGCAAAAUUGAGGUUUUCCAGAAUAGAUGGUCAAUGGCAACGGAACAGAGAUGCACCAAAACUACCUAAUCAAAUGCCCUCCAAUGCAUUCAACCAAGUGCAAGGGCUCAAUACCACAAGAUCCUACUAUCAAAGGCAGGCGCUGGACUCGUUAGAGAAUUCUGCUAAUGUAGAAAACAACGCUCAGUCUCAAGAGCAAGACAUGGAAAUCGGAUAUGAAGACAACCCAUCACCACUGACUUUUGAAGGUCUAGAACGAAAAUUCCAUGAUGAAAUUAUGAAGUUAGUGAAGGAGCAAAGUGAUACAGAGGACAAAGAAAAUGCUAGACACAAGAAGAAAAUAAUGGAGAUCAAUACUAGGUACCAAGAAAAGCUAUCAGCACUUAGAGCUCAACACACCAAUAGAAGAGAGGAAGUCCUCCGCAAGGAAUCACAAGCUCGUUUACAUCAAUACCAGCAAGCUGGAAUCAGCUCUCAUCCAAAUUCUGGCUUGCAAGAUGGUCGUGGCUAUGGUGGCACAGCGGUUGCAGCCGCUGGUGGAGAAACUCGUGGUCAUACAACUGGUCAGUUUGACUCAUAUAGAGACCAAUCUCAAUUUAAUGCUGGCCAAACGAUGCAAGGAUCUGAGGUAAGGGUUCCGUACCCAGAAGGCCAUUUCAACAACACUAGUGCCCAGUAUUUCUAAUGAGAGUUCAAACCUACUUUUGUUUGCAUCAGCACACCACCGUGCAAUUUUCGUCCCCCUCUCAAAGAUCCUUUUUUCUAUCCAUCUUCUAUGCUUGUGUCCGUUGUCUGGUAAUAUCAUGAUCUAAUUGCCAUUGAAAACCCAGAAAAUUGCUGGUUCAAGCUUUGGUUGUAAAUAUGGAUGCUUGUUGCUUUGAAGCUCCAAUUUGUCUAAGUAUAACUUACAACAGGUCAAUAGCAAAGCAAAGACAAUAAAAUGGAGAUUGUUUGAAA